AUGGCGCAGGGUGUCUCGCUACUUCUCUUGCCGGCUCUGGCUCCAUCUCCAUCGUCCUCCUCGUUCAGCUCAGCGUACAAGAUCACAUUUGAGUCCUUACUGCCCAAGCUUGUCCCUGCCGACAAAGACUCCACCUCCCGUCUGGACGUCGGUCUGGUCCUGUCUUCGUCUUAUCCCGUGAGCACUGACACUUCACGCGCCACUGUAUUUCCCCUCAUCCAAGACCUCUUGAAGAAGUCGUACAGCCUUGUUUGUACCGUCGCCGCUCAGAAAGGGAUCGACCUCGACUUCCCUGGCGGUAUCGAUGUGAGGAUAUUCGUCUUGGAAGCUCGGCUGGACGAACUGCCGGACAAUGUUGUCGGCAAGCAAUAUCUCUCCGGACCAAUUGUGGACAUCAAGACAUUCGCCCUCUCCGACCGAUCUUACACGGCUCUCUAUUCUGUCGAAGGUGAGGGUCAAGAGGCCACCCUGCAGCAAGUGAUCAGAAUAUGGAACUCCAAGUCCAGCCCUCCGCCACUACCACCCAUUCACCGUCUCCAGAGUGGCCCUGCGAUUAAUCAUCCCGAAAGCACCUCUGAAAAACACUCGGAAUCAAUCAUCGAAGACGGACCGCUUCCGAUCCACCGAUCUGUCGCUGUUGGCGGUACAUUUGACCACGUACAUAUUGGCCACAAACUGCUCCUAACCGCUACAAUUCUCACGGCAGAGCCAGCUCAGUCUCCCAACCCCAAGUCGAACGAAUCCCGAUUGAUCACGGUGGGUAUCACCGGAGACGAACUACUCGUUAACAAAAAGUACGGCUCAUUAGUCGAACAAUGGAAUGUCCGACAACAACGUACCGCGGAUUUCAUAGACUCCAUUCUGGCGUUCUACCCUCGCAAGUCAAGCACGGGCACAACUACAGCAGGGAAUAGUCCCUCCGCCACCGAGUAUAUCGACCAACCGGGCCCUAAUGGCAAGGUCGUCCGUGUCAAAUACCAUCUCCCCAGCCCCUCCGCUGUAAAUGCAAGCAACGGCGCGGCAGACAUAACGAUAAACUACACCCAAAUUUCCGAUCCGUUUGGGCCUACCAUUACAGACCCGGAUAUCACUGCAUUGGUAAUUUCGGCCGAGACGCGCAGUGGCGGGAAGGCCGUCAACGACAAAAGGAAGGAAAAGGGCUGGAAAGCUCUAGAAAUUUUCGAGGUCGAUGUCUUGGAUGCAGGCGUUGGACUAGACGACGAGCUGACCAAGGACGAGGAACAAAAGACGACCUUUGAGACUAAAAUCAGCAGUACCGAAAUCAGAAGAAGGCUACAGGAGCGAGGGCCAGCAACGCACCACUAG